AUGGCGACAGGAACAACACGUAAACAGAAGGUGUCCUAUUAUUAUCAUCCCGAGGUCGGAAACUAUCACUAUGGACCGCAACAUCCCAUGAAGCCCCAUAGAAUACGGAUGACACACAAUUUGGUUGUGAACUAUGGACUAUACAAGAAGCUUGAAAUAAAUCGUCCGUCGCCAGCCACGUUCAAAGAACUCACCAAAUUUCAUUCCGAUGAAUACAUUGAAUUUCUGCAACGUGUGACACCUGACAAUAUGGAUGAGAUGACGAAACAGCAGCAGAAAUUCAACGUCGGAGAAGAUUGUCCAGUCUUUGAAGGCCUUUAUGACUUUUCUUCCUUGUCGGCUGGAGGAUCAAUAUCGGCUGCACGGAAGCUCAAUCUGGGAGAAGCUGAAAUUGCUAUAAAUUGGGGUGGUGGACUUCAUCACGCCAAAAAGUGCGAGGCAUCCGGCUUCUGCUAUGUAAAUGACAUUGUACUUGCCAUACUGGAGUUGCUAAGAUAUCACCAGCGAGUUCUCUACGUGGAUAUUGAUGUCCAUCACGGAGAUGGGGUCGAGGAAGCCUUUUACUGCAAUGAUCGAGUAAUGACUGUCUCGUUUCACAAGUACGGGGAGUACUUUCCAGGAACGGGCGAUAUAAAUGAUAUUGGUCACGGAAAAGGAAAACAUUACGCAGUUAAUUUCCCACUCAAGGACGGCAUUGACGAUGAAACAUACAAAACGAUUUUUCAACCUGUAAUGCGGCAUGUGAUGUCCUGGUACCAGCCGGAUGUUGUGGUACUUCAGUGCGGCGCAGAUUCGUUGGCAGGAGACCGACUUGGCUGCUUCAACUUGUCUCUAAAAGGCCAUGCGAUGGCGGUUGAGUUCAUGAAAACGUUUAAUGUGCCAAUGUUGAUGCUUGGUGGUGGAGGAUAUACAAUACGAAACGUCUCUCGUGCAUGGUGCUACGAAACUGGCGUUGCGGUAGGCGAAACUUUGUCGGAAGAGAUACCCUUCAACGAUUACUUUCAAUACUACGGACCAGAUUACCGCCUCGAUGUUCCUAAUAACAACAUGGAGAACCGUAACACGAGAGAAUAUUUGGAAAGAAUAUACGCAAAAAUCGUUGACAACCUGCGAAAUGUCCCAUGCGCGCCAAGUGUUCAAGUGCAAGAGGUUCCGAGAGAUCUGGACCAUGAUGAAUUCAUGGUGGAAGAAUCGCCUGAUGUGCGGAUUAGCCAAUCCAUGACCGACAAGCGCAGAGUUCCUGAAGGAGAACUCUCAGAUUCGGAAGAUGAAGGAGAUGGUCGGCGUGAUUAUUACAGCCAUGAGGAUCGGAAGAACCGAUUUGAUAGAAUGGAGACAGUACGAUCGCCUGGUGUGGAGAACGAUCAUGAGACGAAUAUUCCGUCGCAGGUUUUUGCUGCACGAUCACCUUCUUCAAUUGGUGAAAUGAUGGAUGUUGAUGAAACCACCGGCGUCGACCCUGAUGCGAUUUCUCGAUCCACUUCGUCUGCUCCUGGAGAGUCAGCCGCAAUUUCAUCUGGAAAUUCAUCUCCUGGAAGACCCACCCCACUCGAUAACAUGUUCACAACUGUACAUGAUACAAUGCCAUCACUGCCACCGACAAACGACGGAGGGAAUGAUCAUCACCAGGCGGAAGCUGGGCGCUCCGAUGCCAAUGGAGGUGUCAUUUUGGACGUCUCUCCGUCAGUGAACUCAGAGGAUAUGCGAGAAACAGGGAUGGUAGCCAAAGGAAGUGCCGGAUUUGAUCUUGUCACUUUGAUGGCAACAUCGGCUUUGGAAAAAGACGCCACAUUCGUAGUGGAAUCGGACGAUGAGUCUGGGGAGGUUGUUGAGAAGAAUGCGCUAGCCCUUUUGGAAUCCCAAGUAUCGAAGUUUGCUUCCGUCACCUUGUCAUCGGAAACCCAAGAGCUUGUAUUUGGACGGCACUCGAGCUCGCCUCUCACAACUCUUGAUUGUCCGAGAAUAAGUAAACACCAUUGUAGAGUUUUUAUUGAUCAUAGUCAAGGUGGAGGAAUUUGCGUUACAGACUUAUCCACAAAUGGGACCUUUGUCAACGGUGAAAAGCUUGGGAAAGGGGAGACGCGGCAAUUGAAGCAAGGAGACACACUUUCGUUUAUGAAAACUUCAGAGGGGGUACCAUGGUAUAUUGUGAGAAUCCUUCAUCAAGAUGCGGAUACCGCGGCUGUAACGGCGGCGGUGGUUCCAGCAGUCAAACGCCCGACUGAUGAUGAUCUUGAUAUUGACGUUUUGAACCCCGAACACGAAUCCAAACGGCAGAAAGCCACAGGACAGGAUGACAUGGAAGAGAACUUGAUUUGUGGCAUCUGUCAUGACAUCCUAUACCAAGUGGUCUCACUUGUACCAUGUCUGCACUCCUUUUGCGGUGGCUGCUAUAGUAAGUGGAAUGAACGAUCGAGUCAGUGUCCGCAAUGUCGGGGGGCGGUGACAAUGGUGGCGCGAAAUCAUACUGUUAACAACCUGGUAGCCGCGUACCUUCGGCUUCAUCCGGAAAAGCAGCGCGAUCCUGAAGACCUUCGUACGUUGGAAAUUUCAAAUCAAUACACGUCCGACCAACCCGUCCGACCACGAAGGCGAUCUCGAGAGUGGUCAUCGGAUGAUGAAAGUGACGAUGAUCGCGAGGUGGUGUGGGAUGACAAUGAUGAAGAUGAAGAGGUGGAACCUAGCCGAUGUUCACAGUGUCCACCUGGAAGAGCAUCGGACGGAUAUCAAUGUUCAGAGCAAAAUCCUGUGCACGUGUCUUGCAUGGCGUGUAUGAGUAGGAUGCCUGACAGGACAGACGGACAACGAGCGUUGCAACGCUGCGCCUUCUGCCAACAUUCCUACUGUGAUUUAUACUUCAAUGCGACUCGAGGGGCUGGCUGCUCCACACCUGCCGGGCAAGGGGCCUUGAAAUCGCUGGAGGAGUACGAAUUUCAUGCAUUGCCGCCUAGCGCGUUCCGUUACAACGUGCACGAGCAAGAAAUCUUGAGAAUGUAUGUGGGCGAGUUGCUUCCGUCCGUGAAUGCACUCUGGCUGAUAGGACUGCAACGUAUCCGGGCGGGCCAGUAUAUACUCCAAUGUGGGGCGCACGAGGUGGAUGCCAGACGCGACAAUGUGGCAGCUUCUGAGGGCGACCGCGGUCCCAGUGAGCAAGCCUCAGGAUCCGCAGUGUCUCCUAGGAGAAGUCCGGGAAGCACCCCUCAGUUGUUGGGAUUGACUCCAGUAACACCAGAAUCCAUUGCUUGCAUCGGUUGCGCUACGCGCGUGUUUUGCGAAAUUUGCUACUUGUACCGUGAAGACAUCGAUCCUGAAAGGCUACCGCCUGUGGUGGCUUCAAGGCCAGACUGUUGGUAUGGCAGGGAAUGUCGAACGCAGAGCCACAAUAUCAUGCAUGCGCAACGCUUGAACCAUGUUUGUCCUCGCACUCGAUUUUAGAUCUCGACCCGUAUCGUAUCUCCUUAUUUACACGGACCAAUUAUGAGAUUUAAUCUGGAGGACACUCUCAGAAACCCUUUCCAG